AUGCCAAAGAUGUAUGUUUUGGUGUUUCUGUGUCUGACCUUGGGAGUGGUUUCCAGAGCUGAAAAGGAGUCUGCUAAGAAAGUGCCAGAAUUUGGCAAACCUGAUCAGGAAGUUGUAUCAACAUCCAAGCCAAAUCUUACUGAUAUAGAAGUCAUCAUGGAGCGUCAAAGACAACUUGAAACGAUUCGUAUGGCUGGAUAUUUGACAUUGAAAGCCUUAGAAGAUACCAAAGUCAGAAGCGAAGAACUGACCGCCAUAUUGGAUGAGCGGGUUCAAACAAUCAGAAAACUUCUUAAACGGUUACCUUUCAUAGUUGGUUAUUUAGUCAACAGAAAUCAACUUGGGGUCCAUUUGGAGUUACCGAUCAUGUCCAGAGUAUUCUUGAUGACGUCAAUGGGCACUACUGAGACGAUAGAUUCAAACUUACCAACCAAAUUUGAGUCGUAUUUCAAGAAGAUGAAUGCGUCGAGAUCUGCCGCUGAAGUCAUGAAUUUGAAAGAGUUUGCUCUCAAGGAAAUGGAGACAUUGACUAGGAAGAUAGGAAACAACUACUUAGGGCGAACCAUCAACCAUGUAGACUCCAGUGUGACUUUUAUGCAGUCGGGGUUAAACCAGACAAGAGACAUGGUGAUAAAAUUACCAGAUUUGCUGUUGGAUGUAAUGACUGGUCCAUACGAUACAGUUUCUGAAGAUCGAAUUCUGGAGGAAUACCAUAAAUAUAUUAAAAACUCAGAGUAG